UUCAGUUGCACUUGCGAGGUAAUGUACACUUUAAAUAAAAUCAGAAAACGAAAAAUAAAUACUAAUUAACUUCCCGAAUAAGAAAUAAUCAAAAGAUUAUCAAUUCUUCUAUCUUCGUAUUUUAUUUUAUGGCAACACUGUUUUUCUAAUCGCUCUACUUUGUAGAAAAUAAUCAAUCCUUCGAUAUAUUUUUGUGAAACAAUCUAAAUAAUUAAAUUUUUGUAAGAAGCGGAAAUUUGUAAUUGGUAAUGUCAUCAGAGAUAAGAUCGAAAGUAAUUGGACUCUAUAAGCAUCUGCAGUACUUGGGUAGGGAAUACCCGGGCCCAAAUGGACCGCAAAAGUUCCGACAACAAAUACGCGAUGCUUUUCUCAAGCAUAAAGAUGAGACGGAUCCAAAGAAGAUCAUGUCUUUAGUAGCACAUGGACGUUACGUAGCCAAGGAAGUGGAAGCGCUCUAUUCUUUAAAAAAGUAUAGAGCAUUAAAACAGCGAUACUAUGACUAAUCGAAUAUAGCCAAAAAUGGACGAUGAAAUUGAUACAAUAACUAAGUCUGAAAUGUUUUUUGUUUGUUAAUGUAACGCAUUGUGUUAUCAUAAAAAUAGGAUGUUGAACAUCACAAAAUAAAAAGGAAUUAUCUGCCAUA